CCCCGGCACUGGGAACCGACUCGGACCCUGAUCCCCACCGGGAACCACCGCUCCGCCUCGGGAACACACCGGGAACCGACCCGGACCCCCUCCGGGAACUACUGCUCUGCUCCGGGAAUUCGCUGGGAACAGGGAACCGACCCCGGGAACCGGCACCGGGAACCAGCUCUGACGCCGGGAACUUGCACCGGGACUGAUCCGGGACACGAUCCUCCAGCACCGGGGACUGACCCCGGGAACUGGGACACUGUACCAGACACCGGCACUGCGCCGGGAUCCCCGCCCCCACCCCCGGACCGCCGGGGCUGACCCGGGACCCCCACCCUGAGCGCUGGGACUGAUCCGGGACACCGGCAGCAGGAGUGACACCGGGAACUGGGACCCCACCCAGGACACCAGCACCCACCCAGGACACCGCAACUGCCCCAGGACAUUGUCCCCCCCAGCACUGCCACGGGCACCCAGGACCCCACCCCAGGCACCCACAUUGACCCAGGACCCCCCCACCUGGGACACUAGCGCUGACUUGGGGACCCCCACUCAGGAUACCAGCAUCCACCCAGGACCUCUCUGGGACACUGGGCCUGAUCCAGGACCUCCACCCCAGGCACCAGGACUGACUUGGGACACCCACCCGGGCACCUGGAGUGACCCGGGACCCCCUAACCAGGAUACCAGCUCCAACCCAGGACGCUAACCCCCAGCCUGGUCUACAACCCGCCCCCCCAGCACCCACCACCCCCACCAGCACCCUUUCACCAUGAACUCCACCUACGAGACACAGACAGCUGAGGAACCAGAGGAGCUACCAGCCACCGAGAAGGACCUGGCAGAGGACGCUCCUUGGAAGAAGAUCCAGCAGAACACCUUCACCCGUUGGUGCAAUGAGCACCUCAAGUGUGUCCAUAAGCGCAUUGGGGACCUGCAGCGGGACCUGAGCGAUGGCCUACGCCUCAUCGCCCUCCUGGAGGUCCUCAGCCAGAAGAAGAUGGGGCGCAAGUACCAUCCGCGCCCCAACUUUCGCCAGAUGAAGCUGGAGAACGUCUCAGUGGCCUUGGAGUUCUUGGAGAGGGAGCACAUCAAGCUGGUCUCCAUUGACAGCAAGGCCAUCGUGGAUGGGAACCUGAAGCUGAUCCUGGGACUGAUCUGGACGCUGAUCCUGCACACUCCAUCUCCAGUGCCCAUGUGGGAGGAUGAGGAGGAGGUAAGACGCCCGCCCGGCAGACCCCCAAGCAGCGAGCUGCUGGGCUGGAUCCAGAACAAGGUGCCGCAGCUGCCCAUCACCAACUUCCACCGUGACUGGCAGGAUGGCAAAGCCCUGGGUGCCCCUGUGGACAACUGUGCCCCUGGCCUGUGCCCAGACUGGGAGAGCUGGGACCCCAACCAGCCGGUGCAGAAUGCCCGGGAGGCCAUGCAGCAGGCAGACGACUGGCUGGGUGUCCCCCAGGUGAUUGCCCCCGAGGAGAUUGUGGACCCCAACGUGGACGAGCACUCAGUGAUGACCUACCUCUCCCAGUUCCCCAAGGCCAAGCUGAAGCCGGGGGCCCCCCUGCGCGCCCGCCAGCCCCAGCCCUCCCGCGCCACGCCCUACGGGCCUGGUACGGCCCCACAGGGAACGUGGUGCUGAAGCCAAGCGCAGUUCACGGUGAGGACCCUCGAGAGGGCGGGGGUUGGCGAGGUCCUGGUCUACGUUGAGGACCCUGAGGGUCACACUGAGGAGGCCAAGGUUGUCCCCAACAAUGACAAGAAGCGGACAUACAGCGUCACCUAUGUGCCCAAGGUUGGGGGGCUGCACAAGGUGACGGUGCUGUUUGCGGGGCAGAAUAUUGACAAGAGCCCCUUUGGUGUCAAUGUGGGCAUGGCCCUUGGGGACGCUAACAAGGUGAUGGCACGCGGCCCUGGCUUGGAGCCUGUCGGCAAUGUGGCCAACAAGCCCACCUACUUCGAUAUCUACACCGCAGGGGCUGGCCCAGGCGACGUGGGGGUGGUGAUUGUGGACCCCCAGGGCCGGAGGGACACCGUGGAAGUGAUGCUGGAGGACAAAGGGGACAACAUCUACCGCUGCACCUACCGGCCCGUCCUGGAGGGGCCACACACCAUCUGUGUCACUUACGCCGGUGCCCAGAUCCCCAAGAGCCCCUUCACUGUCAACGUGGCUGAAGCAUGCACGCCCUCAGCGUGCCGGGCCACGGGCCGGGGGCUGCAGCCCAAGGGCGUGCGGGUGAAGGAGGUGGCCGACUUCAGGGUGCUCACCAAGGGCGCCGGCACCGGGGACCUGCGGGUGCUCAUCAAGGGGCCCAAGGGCACAGAGGAGCCGGUGAAGGUGCGGGACGCGGGCGACGGUGUCUAUGAGUGCGAGUACCACCCCAUGGUGCCUGGCAAGUACCAGGUGGCCAUCACCUGGGGUGGCUACGCCAUCCCCCGCAGCCCCUUCGAGGUGCAGGUGGCCCCUGAACCAGGCUCCCAGAAGGUGCGGGCCUGGGGGCCAGGGCUGGAGGGCGGCGUAGUGGGCAAGUCGGCUGACUUCGUGGUGGAGGCCAUCGGCACCGAAGUUGGCACCCUGGGUUUCUCCAUCGAGGGCCCAUCACAGGCCAAGAUUGAGUGUGAUGACAAGGGGGACGGCUCAUGUGAUGUGCGAUACUGGCCCACGGAGGCAGGGGAGUACGCUGUCCACGUGGUGUGUGAUGACGAGGACAUAAAGGACAGCCCCUUCAUCGCCCACAUCCUGCCCGCCCCCAACGACUCCUGGCCCGAGAAGGUGAAGGCCUUCGGGCCGGGGCUGGAGCCCACCGGCUGCAUCGUGGAGCGGCCGGCCGAGUUCACCAUUGACACCCGUGGUGCCGGCAAGGGCCCCCUCAAGCUCUACGCCCAGGAUGCCGAGGGCUUCCCCAUUGACAUCAAGGUGAAGGACAACGGGGAUGGCACCUACCACUGCGUCUACGUGCCCACUAAGGCCAUCAAGCACACCAUCAUCGUCACCUGGGGGGGUGUUACCACCCCCAGCAGCCCCUUCCGUGUGAAUGUGGGUGAGGGCAGCCACCCUGGUAGGGUGAAGGUCUAUGGGCCAGGUGUGGAGAAGACAGGGCUGAAGGCCAACGAGCCCACCUACUUCACCGUCGACUGCAGUGAGGCUGGACAAGGGGACGUGAGCAUUGGGAUCAAAUGUGCCCCCGGCGUGGUGGGGCCGCUGGAGGCCGACAUUGACUUUGACAUCAUCAAGAACGACAAUGACACCUUCACAGUGAAGUACACGCCACCGGGUGCUGGGUUGUACACCAUCAUGGUGCUCUUUGCCAACCAGGAGAUCCCCAGCAGCCCCUUCCGCAUCAAGGUGGACCCAUCCCAUGAUGCCAGCAAGGUCAAGGCGGAGGGACCCGGGCUCAACCGGACGGGCGUGGAGGUGGGGAAGCCCACCCACUUCACGGUGCAGACGAAGGGUGCGGGCAAGGCACCGCUGGAGGUGCAGUUCGGGGGGCCAGGGCAGGGCCCCGCUGUGCGCGACUUCGAGGUCAUCGACAACCACGACUACUCCUAUACCGUCAAGUACACCGCUCUGCAGCAGGGUCCCCUGGCCGUGGUGGUUACCUACGGGGGGGACCAGAUCCCAAGGAGCCCCUUCCCUGUCACCGUGGCGCCCCCCCUGCAGCUCAGCAAGGUCAAGGUGCAGGGGCUCAACAGCAAGGUGGAGGUGGGGCAGGCGCAGGAGUUCGCAGUAGAGGCACAGGGAGCUGGGGGCCAGGGCAAGGUGGAGGUCAAGGUCACUGGCCCCUCCCGCCGCCCCCUCCCCUGCAAGGUGGGCCCAGCCCCCCCUGGCGGCCCCCACCCUGUUACCUACACCCCCACCGAGGAGGGGCCUUACAAGGUGGAGGUCACCUACGAUGGACACCCGGUCCCUGGAAGCCCCUUCCCCGUGGAGGCGCAGCUGCCCCCUGACCCCUCCAAGGUGUGUGCCUAUGGGCCAGGGCUGCAGGGCGGCAAGGUGGGCACCCCAGCCCCCUUCACCAUUGACACCAAGGGCGCGGGCACCGGCGGGCUGGGGCUGACAGUGGAGGGUCCCUGCGAGGCCAAGAUAGAGUGCCAGGACAAUGGCGAUGGCUCCUGCUCGGUCUCCUACUUGCCGACAGAGCCUGGUGACUACACCAUCAACAUCCUCUUUGCCGACCGGCACAUCCCUGGCAGCCCCUUCAAGGCGGAGGUGACCCCCAUCUUUGAUCCCAACAAGGUGACAGCCAGCGGGCCUGGUUUGGAACGCGGCAAAGCUGGGGAGGUGGCCACCUUCAUGGUGGAUUGCUCCAAAGCUGGGGACGCUGAACUCACCAUUGAGAUAAUUUCGGAAGCUGGUGUGAAAGCGGAGGUGCUCAUCCAGAACAACCGGGAUGGCACCUAUGCCAUCACCUACACCCCUGCCUGCCCCGGCUCCUAUACCAUCACCAUCAAAUAUGGUGGCCACCCCGUCCCCAAGUUCCCUGUCCGUGUCACCGUCGAUCCUGCUGUGGAUACCAGUGGUGUCAAGGUCUACGGUAAAGGCGUGGAGCCGCGAGGGGUGCUGCGUGAGGUGGGCACUGACUUCACAGUGGAUGCCCGGGCGCUGACCAAGACUGGGGGGCCCCAUGUCAAGGCCUGGGUGGUCAACCCCUCGGGUGCCAAGACCGAUACCUACAUCACUGACCACGGCGAUGGCACCUACCGCGUGGACUACACUCCUUAUGAGGAUGGCAUGCACCGGGUGGAGGUGACAUACAAUGACGUGGCGGUCCCCAAGAGCCCCUUCCGUGUGGGGGUGGCAGAGGGCUGCGAUCCCAGCCGUGUGCGGGCACAUGGGCCUGGCCUGGAGGGUGGCCUUGUCGGCAAGGCAAACCGCUUCACUGUGGAGACCAGGGGUGCAGGCACCGGGGGGCUAGGCCUGGCCAUCGAGGGUCCCUCCGAGGCCAAGAUGUCCUGCAAGGACAACAAGGAUGGGAGCUGCACAGUGGAGUACAUCCCCUUCACACCUGGGGACUACGAUGUCAACAUCACCUUCGGUGGCCAUCCCAUCCCUGGGAGCCCCUUCCGGGUGCCGGUGAAGGACGUGGUGGACCCCAGCAAGGUGAAAUGUUCAGGACCAGGGCUAGGCCCAAGUGUCAGGGCCCGGGUGCCCCAGACCUUCACUGUGGACUGCAGCGCAGCAGGGCUGGCGCCUCUUGAGGUCACGCUGCUGGGACCCUCUGGUCUGGCAGAGCCCGUGGAGGUACGUGACAAUGGUGAUGGCACCCACAAGGUCAACUACACCCCAGCCACUGAUGGGCCCUACACUGUGGCCGUCAAGUAUGCCGACCAGGAGGUGCCACGCAGCCCCUUCAAGAUCAAGGUGCUGCCCGCUCAUGAUGCCAGCAAGGUGCGCGCCAGUGGGCCAGGGCUGAGCGCCAGCGGCAUCCCCGCCAGCCUGCCCGUUGAGUUCACCAUCGAUGCCCGUGAUGCCGGUGAGGGGCUGCUCACUGUCCAGAUCCUGGACCCCGAGGGGCAGCCCAAGAAGGCGGCGAUCCGGGACAACGGGGACGGCACCUACACGGUCUCCUACGUCCCCGACCUGCCGGGCCGCUACACCAUCACCAUCAAGUAUGGGGGGGACGAGAUCCCCUGCUCCCCCUUCCGCAUCCACGCCGUGCCCACCGGCGACGCCAGCAAGUGCCUUGUCACAGUAUCCAUUGGGGGCCAUGGACUGGGUGCCUGUUUGGGUCCCACCAUCCAGAUCGGGGAAGAGACGGUGAUCACAGUAGACGCCAAGGCGGCCGGACAGGGGAAGGUGACCUGCAAGGUGUCCACCCCAGAUGGGGCUGAGCUGGACGUGGAUGUGGUGGAGAACCAUGACGGCACCUUUGAUAUCUACUAUACCGCCCCUAAACCUGGGAAAUAUGUCAUCACCAUCCGCUUUGGAGGGGAGCACGUCCCCAACAGCCCCUUCCAUGUCCUGGCCACAGAGGAGCCCCCCACCACCACUGAGAACCUCCGGCCCUUCAAUCUUGUCAUCCCCUUCACGGUGCAGAAGGGUGAGAUCACAGGGGAGGUGCGGAUGCCCUCGGGGAAGACGGCGCGACCCAACAUCACUGACAACAAGGAUGGGACAGUGACAGUACGCUACGCCCCCACCGAGAAGGGCCUGCAUGAGAUGGACAUCCGCUAUGAUGGCAACCAUAUCCCUGGGAGUCCCCUCCAGUUCUAUGUUGAUGCCAUCAACACCCGACACGUGAGCGCCUAUGGGCCGGGGCUGAGCCACGGCAUGGUCAACAAGCCUUGCACCUUCACCAUCGUCACCAAGGAUGCUGGGGAGGGUGGGCUCUCAUUGGCAGUGGAAGGUCCUUCCAAGGCAGAGAUCACCUGCCAGGAUAACAAAGACGGGACAUGCACUGUGUCCUACCUGCCCACCGCCCCUGGGGACUACAACAUCAUCGUCCGCUUCGAUGACAAGCACAUCCCAGGCAGCCCCUUCACUGCCAAGAUCACUGGGGACGACUCCAUGCGGACAUCCCAACUCAAUGUGGGCACCUCGACGGAUGUCUCGCUGAAGAUCACAGAGACAGACCUUAGCCUGCUGACGGCCAGCAUCCGGGCACCAUCAGGCAAUGAGGAGCCCUGCCUACUCAAGCGGUUGCCCAACCGCCACAUUGGCAUCUCCUUCACACCCAAGGAAGUGGGCGAGCAUGUGGUGAGUGUGAAGAAGAGUGGGCAGCACGUCACCAACAGUCCCUUCAAGAUCCUGGUGGGGCAGUCGGAGAUCGGGGAUGCCAGCCGGGUGAAGGUGUGGGGCAAGGGGCUGGUGGAAGGUCACACAUUCGAGGUAUCUGAGUUCAUCGUGGACACACGCAGCGCUGGCUAUGGUGGGCUGGGCCUGUCCAUUGAGGGUCCUAGCAAGGUGGACAUCAACUGUGAGGAUGUGGAAGAUGGCACCUGCAAGGUCACCUACUGCCCCACUGAGCCUGGCAACUACAUCAUCAACAUCAAGUUUGCUGACAAACAUGUCCCAGGGAGCCCUUUCACAGUGAAGGUAACAGGUGAGGGGCGCAUGAAGGAGAGCAUCACACGCCGGCGGCAGGCCCCCUCCAUCGCCACCAUUGGCAGCACCUGUGACCUCAACCUCAAGAUUCCAGGGAACUGGUUCCAGAUGGUGUCAGCGCAGGAGCGCCUGACACGCACCUUCACGCGGAGCAGCCACACCUACACGCGCACCGAGCGCACUGAGAUCAGCAAGACGCGGGGCGGCGAGACCAAGCGGGAGGUGCGGGUGGAGGAGUCCACCCAGGUCGGCGGGGACCCCUUCCCCAACGUCUUCGGGGGCUUCCUGGCCCGCGAAGGCCUGGGCUCCUUCGGCUCCAUCGCCCGUGGCCAGGAGGGUGAGACGUCUCCACAGGAGCUGGCAGCGCAGGUGCUGAGCCCAUCGGGGCAGCGGUUUGAGGCAGAGGUGCUGGCAGGAGGCGCAGGGGUGUACAGCGUCCGCUUCGUGCCCCAGGAGAUGGGUCCCCACACCGUCAGCGUCAAGUACCGUGGGCAGCACGUGCCCGGCAGCCCCUUCCAGUUCACCGUUGGGCCCCUGGGCGAGGGGGGUGCCCACAAGGUGCGGGCAGGGGGCACUGGCCUCCAGCGCGGCGUGGCUGGCGUGCCAGCUGAGUUCAGCAUCUGGACGCGGGAGGCGGGGGCUGGGGGCCUCUCCAUUGCCGUGGAGGGGCCCAGCAAGGCCGAGAUCGCCUUUGAGGACCGCAAGGAUGGAUCCUGCGGCGUCUCCUACCUCGUCCAAGAGCCCGGUGACUACGAGGUCUCCAUCAAGUUCAACGAGGAGCACAUCCCCGACAGCCCCUUCGUGGUGCCCGUCGCCUCCCACUCCGAUGACGCCCGGCGCCUCACUGUCACCAGCCUUCAGGAGACUGUGACAGUGAACCAGCCGGCAUCCUUCGCGGUGCAACUGAACGGGGCACGCGGUGUCAUCGAUGCCAAGGUGCACACGCCUGCUGGCGUUGUUGAGGAGUGCUACGUCUCCGAGCUGGACAGCGAUAAGUACGCCAUCGGGUUCCUGCCACGGGAGAACGGGGUGCACUCCAUCGACCUGCGCUUCAACGGGCGCCACGUGCCCGGCAGCCCCUUCAACAUCCGGGUGGGCGAGCAGAGCCAGGCUGGUGACCCUGGGCUCGUCACCGCCUACGGCCCCGGACUCGAGGGCGGCCUCACAGGUGUGUGCUCGGAGUUCCUGGUGAAGACGGCCAACGCCGGGGCGGGCGCGCUGGCCGUCACCAUUGAUGGCCCCUCCAAGGUGAAGCUGGACUGCGUGGAGUGUGCCGAGGGCCACCGCGUCACCUACACCCCCAUGGCCCCUGGCAACUACCUCAUCUCCAUCAAGUACGGUGGCCCCCACCACAUUGUCGGCAGCCCCUUCAAGGCCAAGGUCACCGGCCCGCGUCUCUCGGGAGGACACAGCCUGCACGAGACUUCAACGGUGCUGGUGGAGACAAUGACACGGGGAGGGACAGCAUCGCGGGGGCCCCCCACUUUUGGGGGUCUCCCCAAGUUCUCUUCGGACGCGGGGAAGGUGGUGGCACGGGGGCCUGGGCUGGCCACCGCCUUCCUUGGCCAGAAGAACCACUUCACCGUCGACUGCAGCAAGGCCGGUACCAACAUGCUGAUGGUGGGGGUCCAUGGCCCCAAGACCCCCUGCGAGGAGGUCUAUGUCAAGCACAUGGGCAACCGGAUCUACAACGUCACCUACACAGUCAAGGAGAAGGGGGACUAUGUCCUCAUCCUGCGCUGGGGCGAUGACAAUGUCCCCGGCAGCCCCUACCGUGUCACCGUCCCCUGACCUCCCAGCACC